AGAUUCACCUGUGGUGACAAUUGCAUCAUUUGCACCCCAGCUUUCUGUGAUCACAUCGAAACAGCGACCUCGUAAGUUGACAAUUCUUGGGAGUGAUGGAGAAGAGUAUACUUUCUUGCUGAAGGGGCAUGAAGAUUUACGACAAGAUGAACGUGUCAUGCAGCUGUUCGGUUUGGUUAAUACUCUGCUGGGGAACUCUAGGGAAACUUCAGAAAAAGAUCUCUCUAUUCAAAGAUAUGCUGUCAUUCCACUAUCUCCGAACAGUGGGCUGAUAGAAUGGGUUCCAAAUUGUGACACCUUGCACUAUCUCAUAAGAGAGUAUAGGGAUGCCAGAAAGAUCACCCCAAACCAAGAGCAUAAGCUAAUGCUUAGUUUUGCUCCGGAUUUUGAUCAUUUGCCUCUUAUAGCGAAGAUGGAGGUGUUUGAGUAUGCUCUACAAAAUACAGAAGGCAAUGACCUGUCAAGGGUUCUCUGGUUAAAGAGUCGCACUUCAGAGGUCUGGCUGGACAGGAGGACAAACUACACAAGAAGUUUGGCUGUCAUGAGUAUGGUAAUGUUUCUUCUUACAUUUGGUUCAAUCUCUGAAAUUUUUCGUUAUAAUUUUCAUUUUUUACACGGGCAGAUGAAGUGGGGGAGAAAACAAGAAUGUCAUUGCACUAAAUACGCUUCCCUAAUCUAAAAUGUAUUCCUUUCC